GUGUGUGUUUGUGUGUGGGUGUACUCUGGUCAGUGAGCACGGUUGAUUUUUGCUGUACAAUUGUGCAUAAAAUGCCAACUUCCCCAAGCGUUCUACGAGUGAAGACAUUCGCUGACUGAAGGGAGGAGCUUCUGCACUGGUCCUGUAAGUGGGCACCCCUUUUUUACUGAUAUAAGGUGCACAUUGUUCGAAACAAAGCAGAUGUUCAAACAUUUUGUCAUUACAGCUGGUAUUCUUGUGAAACAACAAGUGCUGCACACCAAUGUCAAUGUUUUUUCAAAAUCAAAAUUCUCUUCUUCUUCCGUUUUUGUGGCCUCUGUGAGUGUGUGAAUCCUUACAGAUGCUGUCAGGUGUUAUAAUGACCUGGUGACCUUCAGCCGACACAGCACAGAUGUGAAGGAAGAAGAGCCUCCUGCUGCAGUGGAGGAAGAUGAACCCAAAUCCAGCGGAGAUAUGACAGAAACAUCACUUGCAUCUGUCGGGUCGGAGGAGGAGGUGAUGGAGGAUGAAGGUGAGAAGAAAAGCAGAGAGGAGAUGGACAAUGAUGAAUCAGAAAUUGAAAAGGGAGAAGAAGAGGAACAUGCUGAUGAGGAGACUAAAGCAAAGAAACUGAUGGAAGCGUGGAAGUCAGAGGCCUCCGCAGAUGCAAAGCCUCCUCUCCCAGAUCCAGCCUUUAACAGGAGAUGCAGCCUUAUUGCCAGCGAUGUCAGAUAUAAAGAAGACUUUGAGAAGAUGAAGGGUCAGAGUCUCUUUGUACCUGGAGCUGAACUCAUCCAUUCAAAGAACAUCAGUGCCGUGAUAUCUGAGUCGAAGUAUAAGGAGGAGGGAAAGAAGGAGGCGUCGCUCUCUCUGUACUCCAUCCUGCCUGAAACUCCAGAGACUCAGCAUGCCAGAGAGGCGUCAGAGCUGCAGAGCGAGAUUAAAUACAAGGGAAACACAAAGACAGAGAUUUCCUCCUCGCUUUAUUCUCUGCUGCCAGAAACCACAGAGACACAGUUCGUCAAAGAGCUGACGGAGAUGCUGAGUGAGAACAAGUACAAGGAGGAAGGAAAGCGGGAGAUGAGCAGCAGUUUGUACUCUCAGCUCCCUGAAACCUCUGAGAUGCAGCUGGCAAAGACCGUCCGCGAGUUUCAGAGCGAGAAAAAGUACACGGAAGACGGCAGGAGAAAGGCCUCCAUCUCUCUUUACUCCCAACUUCCUGACACUCCGGAACUGCAGCACGCUCUGGAAGUGUCCCAGCUGCAGAGCCAGGUGAAUUAUCGGCCCAAGCUCAUGCGUAAAGGAACCCCCUCCUCUCUUUACUCUCAGCUGCCUGAUACCACAGAGAUUCAGUUCGCCAGAGAGAUGACCGAGCUGCACAGUGAGAGUAAGUACAAGGAGGGUGGCAGACGGAGCCUCUCGCAGAGUUUCUACUCUCAGCUGCCAGAAACUGCAGAGACCCAGUUUGCUAGAGCAGUUGCUGAGCUGCAGAGCGAGAUGCGAUACAAAGAAUCGGGGAGGAAAGGCGUGAACUCGAGUUUGUACUCCGUUCUCCCAGAAACAAUAGAAACAGCCCGAGCCAAGGAAGUGUCUGAGCUGUGCAGUGAGCUGAAGUAUAAAGAGGACGGUAAGAAGGAGAUGAACAUCAGCCUGUACUCUUUGCUGCCUGAAACCAUGGAGACUCAGCACGCUAAAGAGGUGUCAGACCUGCAGAGUGAAGUGAAGUAUAAAGACGGUCUGAAGCAGAGGAUUCAGCACAGUUUGUACCAUCAGCUUCCUCAGACCACAGAGACUCAGCUGGCCAAGCAGCUGUCCGAGCUGCAGAGCCAGACAAAGUAUAAGGAAGCAGGAAAGAAGGAGGCCAGCAGCUGCCUGUACUCUCUGCUGCCCGCAACCAUGGAGACACAACACGCCAAGGAGGCGUCCGAGCUGCUGAGCGAGGUGAAGUACAGAGAGAGUGGGAAGAAGGACAUGUCCAACUCCAUAUACUCCACAAUGUCUGACACCCCAGAAACCAACUUUGCCAAAGAGAUGAAGGACAUGCUGAGCCAGACUAAAUACAAAGAGAACGGGAAGAAGACUCUCAGUCAGAGUGUUUACAGCCAACUGCCAGAAACUGCUGAGACACAGUUCGCCAAAAAUGUCGCCGAGCUGCAGAGCCAGACAAAGUACAAAAAAGGAAAGGAAGACUUGUCAAGCUCUCUGUACUCCACUCUGCCGGAGACUCUGGACACGCUGCACGCCAAAGAGGCCGCUCAGCUGCAGAGUCAGCUGAAUUACAGAUCGGCGCUAAAGAAAGACCUGUCUUCAAGUCUGUUCCAUCAGCUGCCAGAGACGUUGGAGACAGCCUAUGCUAAAGAGGUCUCUGAGCUGCUCAGUGAGGUGAAGUACAAAGAAGAAGGUAAGAAAGAGAUGAGCAUCAACCUGUACUCUUUACUGCCAGAGACCAUCGACUCUCAGCGCGCUAAAGAGGUGUCAGACCUGCAGAGUGAGGUGAAGUAUAAAGACGGUCUGAAGCAGAGGAUUCAGCACAGUUUGUACCAUCAGCUUCCUCAGACCACAGAGACUCAGCUGGCCAAGCAGCUGUCCGAGCUGCAGAGCCAGAAUAAGUACAAGGAGGUCGGCAAGAAGGAGGUGAAGACCAGCCUGUACUCCCUGCUGCCUCAAACCAUGGAGACACAGCGGGCCAAGGAAGCUUCAGAGCUGCUCAGUGAGAUCAAGUACAAGGAAAGUGGAAGGAAGGACUUGUCCAGCUCUCUGUACCACACACUUCCCGACACUUUAGAAACGGCGUUUGCCAGGGAGGUGACCGACAUGCUGAGCGAGAGCAAAUACAAGAACGGGAAGAAGAACCUGGCGCAGAGUUUUUACUCCCAACUUUCACAAACUGCAGAGACUCAGUUUGCUAAGACAGUUUCUGAGCUGCAGAGCGAGGUGAAGUACAAAGAAGCCGGAAGGAAAGGCGCAAUGAGCUCCAUGUACUCGACUCUACCCGAGACUCUGGAAACCAAGCACGCCAAAGACGCGUCUCAGCUGCAAAGCCAGCUGAAGUACAAGCAGAGUCUAGCCACAGAAGGUUCCAGUCUUUACCAUUCGAUGCCGGAAACCUUCGACACUCAGUUUGCCAGAGAGCAGAUGGAGAUGCUCAGUGAGGUCAAAUACAAGGAAGACGGCAAAAAGGACCUGAGUGUCAGUCUGUACUCUGUGCUCCCUGAAACCCUGGAAACGCAGCGCGCCAAAGAGCUGACCGAGAUGCUGAGUGAGGCUAAAUACAAAGAAGAGAGUAAGAAGCAGAGUUCAGCGCCUUUGUACCACCUACUACCUGAAACUCUGGAGACGCGGCGUGCCAAAGAGGCUGCGCUGCUGCAGAGCCAGGUCCUGUACAAAGAAGCUGUGAAGAAGGAGUUGUCAUGUCCUGUUUACCACCAGCUUCCCGAGACGCUGGAGACCCAGUUCGCUCAAGAAGUCACCGACUUACAGAGUCAAAACAAAUACAAGGAGGCGGGGAUGCAGAGCCUCUCUCACAGCGUCUACUCUCAGCUGCCGGAAACUGAGGAGAUCAAGUUUGCCAAAGCUGUAGCCGAUCUGCAGAGCGAGUUAAAGUACAAAAAGUGGGGCAGACAGGAUGCUGGCAGCUGUCUGUACUCUGAGAUGCCUGAAACUCUGGAAACGCAACAUGCCAAGCAGGUUUCCCAGAUGCAGAGCCAGGUGAAGUACAAGGAAGAUGUGCAGAAGCAGCAGCAGAGCAGUUUGUUCUCCAGCCUUCGUCAGACCCCCCAGACUGAACUAGCUAAAGAAGCGGCGGCGCUGCAGAGCGAGGUGAAAUAUAAGGGGGGCUGUAAGAAGGAUAUGUCCUCCCCCCUCUACCACCACCUGCCUGAGACAGCAGAGACACAGUUUGCCAAGCAGAUGUCAGAGAUCCAGAGCGAGCUGAAAUACAAGAAGGACACGGAGGAUCUGCCCGACACGCUGUACUCUGUGCUGCCUGAAACUCUGGAGACUCAGUUUGUCAAAGAGAUGUCAGAGACGCACAGCCAGGCGAAGUACAGGCAGGCGGCCAAGGAGCAGUCAGCAUCGUCUCUCUACUCCAAACUGCCGGAAACUCUGGAGACCAAACACGCCAAAGAAGCGUCAGAGCUGCAGAGCGAGAAAAAGUACACAAAUGACGCCAAGAAGGAGAUGAAAUCGCCUCUGUUCUCUCAGCUCCCUGAGACCGCGGAGACGCAGUUUGUACGCGAGAUGACAGAGAUGCUGAGCGAGAUCAAAUAUAAAGAAGAUGGGAAGAAGAGCCAGACCACCAGCCUUUACUCCCAGCUCCCACAGACCAAUGAAACCCAGUUUGCCAAAUCUGUGUCUGAGGUCCAGAGCGAGACCAAGUACAAAGAAGCAGGGAAGAAAGAAGCACUGCACUGUCUGUACUCCAAGCUGCCAGAAACUCUGGAGACUCUGCACGCCAAAGAGGUCUCCCAGCUGCAGAGUCAGGUGAAGUACAAACAGGAGCAGAGCGGCUCUCUGUAUCAUCAGCUGCCUGCAACCACAGAGACACAGCUGGCUAAAGAUCUGACAGACAUGCACAGUGAGGUGAAGUACAAAGAGGAGGCAAAGAGGGAGAGCAGGAAAAACUUGUAUUCUCGUCUCCCUGAGACGGCAGAGACACAGUUUGCCAAGCAGAUGUCAGAGAUCCAGAGCGAGCUGAAAUACAAGAAGGACAUGGAGGAUCUGCCCGACACGCUGUACUCUGUGCUGCCUGAAACUCUGGAGACUCAGUUUGUCAAAGAGAUGUCAGAGACGCACAGCCAGGUCAAGUACAAGGAGGCUGUGAAGAAAGAGGGCAGCAGCUCUCUGUACCACCAGCUCCCUGAGACUCUGGAGACGCAGCGUGUUAAAGAGGUUACUGAGCUGCAGAGCGAGAACAAGUACAAGCAGAGCGGAAAGGAGUCCAUGUCAUCCAGUCUGUACGCUCAGCUCCCAGAGACGGCCCAAACGCAGCUCGCCGCCAAGAUGUCUGAGCUGCAGAGUGAGAGUAAAUACAAGGCGGACGGGCUGAAGUGUCUCCCUCAGAGCCUCUACUCUCACCUACCUGAAACCAACGAGACUCAGUUUGUGAGAAGUGUCUCUGAGCUGCUGAGUGAGGCUAAAUACAAGGAGGCGAGCAAAAAGGAGGAGAGCAGCUGCCUGUACCACCAACUGCCUGAAACUCUGGAGACUCUACACGCUAAGGAGGCCACAGAGCUGCAGAGCCAGGUGAAGUACAAGGAAGGUAAGAAGGAUCUGAGCUCCAGCCUGUACCACCUGCUGCCCGAGACGGAGGAGACGAAGUUCGCCAAAACCGUCACGGAGCUGCAGAGCGAGAAUAAAUACAAGGAGAAAUGCAGGCAGGAGGUCGGCAGCGGCGUCUUCCAUCAGAUGCCAGAAACCAAAGAGAUGGAGUUUGUCAAGCAGAUCUCAGAGCUUCAGAGUGAGUCAAAGUACAAGAAGGACGUGAAAGACCUGCCUAACUCUCUGUACUCUCAGCUGCCUGAGACUCUGCAGACUCAGUUCAUAAAGGAGAUGGCAGACAAGCACAGCCAGACCAAGUACAAAGAGGCCAGCAGGAAGGAGUUGGUGAAAUCUCUGUAUUCUCUGCUGCCGGAGACUAAAGAAACUCAGCAUGCAAAGGAACAGAGUCAGCUUAGCAGCGAGAGAGCUUACAGGGAGGAGGACAAGAGGGAAGCUGGCAGCAGCCUGUACGCUCAGAUGCCCCAAACCAUCGAGACCGUCUUUGCCAAGGAGCUGACCAAAGCACAGAGCGAUAAGUAUUAUAAGGAGAAGUAUAACCGAGAGAAGGGGAAGGCCGACUACACCAACAUGAAGACUCUGCCUGAUGUGCAGCACGCCAUGGAGGUCACCAAGAACCAGAGCGAGGUCGGCUACAGAAGAGGUAAAGAGGAGCUUCAUCACUGUAACAUGGUUCCUGACAGACCAGAUAUGCUGAACGCUGCCAAUGCUGCCAAACUGGCCAGCGAUGUGGCCUACAAGAAUCACACCAAGCUGCCCAUCUACAGCGACUGCUCUCUUUUGACCCGAACUGACAUCCAGCACGCCAAUGAGGUUUCAAAGCUGACCAGCCAGGUGAAGUAUAAGGAGAACUUUGACCGACACUUGAAGGGCCAGAGACCAAGCUACAACCCGCUGGACUGCCUGUCCUUCAGACACACACAGGCUGCUGGUGCACUGGCCAGUCAGGUGAAGUACAGGACUAACCAGAACCAGAGACCUGAGGGCUCCUUGGACCUGCAGCUGGAGCACGCCCUGCACGCCAGCAAGCUGCAGAGCAACGCGGAGUACAAAAAGAAGUACGAGCAAACGAAGGCCUACUACCACAUGGCUGUGGACACGGCUGAACAGCUCCACCACAAGGAGACGGCAGUGCUGCACAGCCAGGUGAAGUACAGAGAGGAGUAUGAGAAGAACAGGGGUCGCUCUCAGAUGGAGUUUGGAGAAACUCCAGCUUAUAAAGUGUCUAAAGAAGUCCAGAAAAUGCAAAGUGAGAAGGAAUACCGGAGGGACUACGAGGAGCACGUGAAGGGGAAGGCUUUGGUGGAGGUUGACCAGACACCUGGAUACCUGACGGCGCGCCAUGCCGGCAGCCUUCUGAGCGAGAAAGAGUACAAGAAGGACCUGGAGCAGGAAGUGAAGGGGCGGGGCUUGUCUGGGGUUGGUCUCGAAGAUACACCUGAGUUACUAAGGGUGAAAAAAGCUAAUCGGAUUCUCAACCAGAAGGAGUACCGCAAGGAUCUGGAGCGGGACAUCCUGGGGAAAGGUAUGGAGCUGAGCGCCGAUGUUCUGGAGAUGCAAAGAGCCAAGAGAGCCUCAGAGAUCCAGAGCCAGAGGUCCUACAAACAGAUGGAGCAGCUCCGUGAGAACUCGUACGGGACGCUAACAGACACACCUGAGCUGCUGCACGCCUCCUACCUCAGAGACAUCUACAGCCAGAAGAAGUACAAGGACGACGCAGAGCGGCUAAAUGAGCGCUACAGCCUGCUGUCAGAAACCCCGGAGAUGGAGAGAGUCCGAGCCAACCAGAGACACUUCAGCUCCCUGCGUUACUCCUGGGACUCCAAGCUGAUGAGAGGCCUGACGACGUCUGUCACAGACACGCCAGAGAUCGUCCUCGCCAGAGAGAACGCCAAAAAGAUCAGCAAUGUCCAGUACAGAGAGGAGGUGGGCCGUGGAACCGCCGUCACAGAGACAUUUGAGAUGGAGCGAGUCCGACGGAACCAGGAGAACAUCAGCUCGGUGAAGUACAAGCAGAGCCCGGCCAAGGCCACCAGUGUGGGAGUGACCCCUGAGGUGGAACGGGUCAAACAGAACCAGGAGAACAUCAGCUCGGUGAAGUACCAGCGUGGGCUGCAGGAGCUGAGGGGACGAAGCUGCUCUGAGCUGGACACACCUGAGUACAGGCGCGUCAGGAAGACGCAGGAUUCGGUCUCGAUGGCAAAAUACCACGAGGAUUUUGAGCGGGCACGCGGCCGGGGCUAUACGCCAGGCCUGGACGACCCCAGCAUGGAGCGCUACCAGAGAGCCAAUCAGAUGAUUGGGGAGGCGGGCUACAGCAAAGGGCUCCACUCCCAAGGGAUGGAGAUGGACAGACGGCCAGGAGGCAUCAUCGUAGAUCUGAAGGUGUGGAGGACAGACCCAGGGUCCAUCUUUGACUUUGACCCUCUGGAGGACAACAUUCAGUCCAGGAGCCUCCGCAGGAUGUCCGAGCGGGCUGGGUGCAGUGUGAGCCGGGGGUCUUCGCAGCAGUCUCUCCUCCACAGCCAGACUCAGUCUGUCAGCUCUCUGAGUUCUGACCUGUGGGAACGCAGCAGCACCGACACUCCUGCUCCUGUCCUGCCCGGGGCGUACCACCAUCAGGGGGCCCAGCAUCAGCAGUAUCAUGGCUACAUGCAUCAGACCAGCAUGUCAUCGGUCAGAUCUGUCACCUCGCCUCCACAACACUCACACGUUCGUGUUUACAGAGCGCUGUACGACUACACAGCUCAGGACCACGAUGAGGUCUCCUUCAGAGACGGCGACGUCAUCAUCAACGCCCAGCCCAUCGACGAAGGCUGGAUGUACGGCACCGUGCAGAGGACCGGCAAGUCCGGGAUGCUGCCAGCAAACUAUGUGGAGAGUUGCAACUGAUGGGAGGGAAGGGGGUGAGGCGGGGGAGGAACUUUCACAUACAGUGUUGAUGUUCACUGCAUUUCGGGCUGCUUUUGGCAGGGUUGUUUUCAUUUUAUUCUUUGUGAGAGCGGAUGCAGUGAGAACACUUUAUCACAACCUGUUUUCAUCCAGGUUUGUUCCAAAUCAGACAGCAUUCAUUCAGACCAACACGAAUCGAGAUAAAAACGGCCGCAAUGCAGGGAACAUCACAGGCUGUUGGCAGCAGCUGAUCAGAGAGAGAAACCUGUAGAAAUCCAGCAUGCUGUGAAGACCAGUCAAUAUGCCCAACAGAACGGUGGUAACAAACUUUAGCAGGUCCCUCAAACAGAAAAAAAUGCUGUUCAUCCAAAAAUGUCCUAAAGGUGAUAAGCAGGAAGUGGAAAGACGUUCUGCUUUUCUUGCUGCCAAAGCAGAAGAAAAUGGAGACUAAAAAUCUGAAUCCAGUAAAACUGAAUAUGUGCAGAACUCUUUCAGAAAAAAAAUGUUAUGGAGGAAAAGAGCAGGAGACAGGAAAAAGUUUGCUUUUCAGAAAUAAACAGAAGAGGAACAGAGGAAAGUGGGAGAGCUUCUUGUUUUCUUGAGAGGAGGAGUACAGAGGUGUGGUUCAUGUAAAGAUCCAUCUCACUGAAUCGGUGCAGUUUAGUCUUUGGCGUCUGAAAGAAGGAGCAGCAGCAGCAGCACUAACCUCCCAAACUAACACACUGUGUUUUUCUGUGGGUGGUGUUUAACAGUGAGUUGGUUCUCCUGGUCUGUGCUUUGCAGACGGAUGUGCCUGCAGAUUCAUUCUCUUGUCUGGACUGACUCCUUUGUGUUUCUGAGCUUUUUUAGUUCCAGUUUCACCCCAGCCUUGCUGAAGAAAGCAUCUGUCAGCCACUAAGCAGAAGAACUUGUUCUACUUUAUGUUCUGAUUUAAUGCAACAUAACAGAGUGAAUCCUCACCAGUUGGUUCUGAACGAGCUCCUGUUCUCUUCAAAUAUUCACUAGCAUUACUUUCCUUGCUUUAAAGAUUUGUUUCCUUAUUUAGUUUUGUCCCACAAGUUAUGCUAAAUGUAUUUACCUAUUAUUUGGAUUAAUAUAUUGUUCAGUGUCGGUUGUUUUCUUGCCAUAACUGUGUGCAACAUGUAAACAAAUAAAACUGAACUGAUCAGUCGCAGUCA